AGCCGUCGCUGGGGCGCCCGGGGCCGGGCACAGCCCUUACCCGCGCCCUGGCCCGCGCCAUGGCCAGGGGACAGCUGCCGGGGGGCGCCUGGGGAGCCCUGGUGCUGCUGGGGUUGAUGCUGCCGGCCGCCCCGGCGGGCGCCUGGUACAAGCACGUCGCCAGCCCCCGCUACCACACGGUGGGUCGCGCCUCGGGGCUGCUGAUGGGGGUCCGCCGCUCUCCCUACCUCUGGCGGCGGGAGCUGCCGGCCGAGCCCCCCCGGCACGCCGGGACCCCCGCCGGUGACAGCCCCCCGGCCCCGGGCCGCCCCGCCGGGGAGAACCCCGCGGCCGCCGCCCCGGCCCCGCCGCCGCCCGGCCCCGGCCGCCUCCUGCAGCGCCUGCUCCGGAGGGGCUGGGGCUGGGGCGGCCCCCGCCCGGCCCCCGCCCGACCCCCGCCCGGCCCCCGGCAGCCGCAGCCCUUCCCGCUCGAAGACCUGGCUCUGACCCGCUGACGGACGCGGUGGAGAUGCUUCCUGUGCCGGAGGAGCACUGACUGCCCCAGGUGGGAUCUGCUCACCUGGCUGGCAGGGAACGAUCUCCUCGGGAUCUCCGGGUACUCUGACCUCUCUGAAACCACACAGACAGUGACAUCCCAAAAAAAUCUGAUUUCUCACGGCCGCUGCCCAGCCGCAGCGGUAAAUUCAUCUCGUUUCCAGGUCAUCCUCGCGCGAUGAACUCGGGGAGAAAGAAACAGGGGAGAUAUUUAUUUUUGUUUAUUUUUUUUACAUUUCUGUACUGGCUUGUUUGCAAUCUGAUAGAAACAUGUACUGUUCGCUUCCUCGGAGCCUGCCCUCAUUAAAAUGAGAUGUGAUCAAAGGAAA